CAGGUACCUGAGAGCAGUGAAGCAGACAGAGGCUCAAAGCAACAUGAAGGACAAUUCUGAGAUCAUUCAUGGAGAAAUCUUCACAACUUUUGGAAAUUCUGAGCUUCUUCGUGGAGAAAUGUUCCCCACUUGUGACAGGUCCAUGAUGCCCAGAAUGAAGAAAUGUCCAACAGCAGCUCCAUCAGCCACUUCCUCCUGCUGCCAUUGGCACACACGCGGCAGCUGCAGCUCCUGCACUUCUGCCUCUUCCUGGCCAUCUCCCUGGCUGCCCUCCUGGCCAACGGCCUCAUCAUCAGCGCCGUAGCCUGCGGCCACCUCCUGCACAGCCCCAUGUUCUUCUUCCUGCUCAACCUGGCCCUCAGCGACCUGGGCUCCAUCCUCACCACUGUGCCCAAAGCCAUGCACAAUUCCCUCUGGGACACCACGAACAUCUCCUAUGAAGGAUGUGCUGCACAGCUAUUUCUGUUUGUAUUUUUCAUGUCAGCAGAGUAUUAUCUCCUGACUGUGAUGUGCUAUGACCGCUACGUGUCCAUCUGCAAACCCCUGCACUACGGGACCCUCCUGGGCAGCAGAGCUUGUGCCCACAUGGCAGCAGCUGCCUGGGCCAGUGCCUUUCUCACUGCUCUGCUGCUCACAGCCAAUACAUUUUCCCUGCCCCUGUGCCAUGGCAAUGUCCUGGGCCAGUUCUUCUGUGAAAUCCCACAGAUCCUCAAGCUCUCCUGCUCCAAAUCCUACCUUAGGAAACUUGGGCUUCUUGUGAUUAGUGCCUGUUUAUCAUUUGGAUGUUUUGUGUUCAUUGUUUUCUCCUAUGUGCAGAUCUUGAGGGCUGUGCUGAGGAUCCCCUCUGAGCAGGGACGGCACAAAGCCUUUUCCACCUGCCUCCCUCACCUGGCUGUGGUCUCCCUGUUCCUCAGCACUGCAGCCUUUGCCUACCUGAAGCCCCCCUCCAUCUCCUCUCCAUCCCUGGAUCUGUCCCUGUCAGUUCUGUACUCGGUGGUGCCUCCAGCCCUGAACCCCCUCAUCUACAGCCUGAGGAACCAGGAGCUCAAGGCUGCAGUGUGGACACUGAUCACUGGACGAGUUCUGAAACAUUAAACUCCUGGCCAGUUUUCUAAAGUAACUUGUAAUAAAACGCAUCUUUGAUAGAUCUUGAAAGUUUCAUUUUGGAGAUUCUUUUUUGUGGGAAUUAGAUUUGUGGAGAA